GCCGGUGCCGGGUCCUUGAGCUGAGCGCCCGCUUCCGAAGCCAACCGCUUCCGUCAACGGUCCACGCGGGCCGGGCCCAGGCUCCGGGACGGGGAGGAGCCGCAGGCCGCAACCGGAGGCCGCCGCGGCCGGGCACAUGGCGUCCAUUUUGCUCAGGAGCUGCCGGGGCCGGGGGCCCACCCGCCUCGCGCCGUCCCGAGCCGCCUCCCCGCGGGGUAGUCUGAGGGAUCGAGCUUGUCUCAGUUGUACCAGGACCAUGGGGUUGAUAAGCCAUGAAGAAAGACACAAAGAAUAUGGGUGCACCAGGGCCUCUAUCCACUGCAGACAGACUCCAGAUGCAUGCUCCACUCUAAAUUUUCUGUCUAGCUGCUGCACUCCAGCCCACCUUGUGUACCUCUGCUUCAGAGGUAAGCCCCUCAGCUGUUGGACUCCAAGGCUCAAGCUCCGGGGCACUAUGGCAAGGACAACAUGGACACCUGUCUCUGCAGCCUUGGUUAUCACAGGAGCUCAUUACCUUCCUGUACGCAGCUGGCACUCAUCUGCACCCCUCAGUGAUGACUCUAUGGUGGAGAAGUCUCUCAAGUCCUUAAAGGACAAGAACAAGAAGCUGGAGGAGGGUGGCCCUGUGUAUAGCCCACCAGCUAAGGUGGCAGUGAAGAGGUCCCUUGCACAAAAGGUGCUGGAUGAGCUGAAGCACUACUACCAUGGCUUCCGCCUGCUCUGGAUCGACACCAAGAUCGCCGCACGCAUGCUCUGGCGCAUCCUCAAUGGCCACACACUAACCCGCAGGGAGCGCAGGCAGUUUCUCCGGAUUUGUGCUGACCUCUUCCGCCUAGUGCCCUUCCUGGUCUUCGUGGUGGUGCCCUUCAUGGAGUUCCUGCUACCUGUGGCUGUGAAGCUCUUCCCCAACAUGUUGCCGUCCACAUUUGAAACCCAGUCCAUCAAGGAAGAGAGGCUGAAGAAGGAACUGCGGGUGAAGCUGGAGCUGGCCAAGUUCCUUCAGGACACCAUUGAGGAGAUGGCCUUGAAAAACAAGGCAGCCAAGGGAAAUGCCACCAAAGACUUCUCAGCAUUUUUUCAGAAGAUCCGGGAGACAGGAGAAAGACCCAGCAAUGAGGAAAUCAUGCGCUUUUCCAAAUUAUUUGAAGAUGAACUGACCCUGGAUAACCUCACACGGCCUCAGUUAGUGGCACUGUGCAAGCUGCUAGAGCUUCAGUCCAUUGGUACCAACAACUUCUUGCGAUUCCAACUCACCAUGAGGCUGAGGUCCAUAAAAGCUGAUGACAAGCUAAUUUCUGAGGAAGGGGUGGAUAGCCUGACUGUCAAGGAACUGCAGGCAGCCUGUCGGGCACGAGGCAUGCGAGCACUUGGCGUCACAGAAGACCGUCUGAGGGACCAGCUGAAACAGUGGCUGGACCUGCACCUGCAUCAGGAGAUCCCCACAUCUCUGCUUAUACUAUCACGUGCCAUGUACCUCCCAGACACCCUCUCACCGGCUGACCAACUCAAGUCCACACUUCAGACCCUCCCAGAGAUUGUGGCAAAAGAAGCCCAGGUGAAAGUUGCAGAACUCGAGGGCGAGCAGGUGGAUAACAAGGCAAAGCUGGAGGCCACGCUGCAAGAGGAGGCUGCCAUCCAGCAGGAGCACCGAGAGAAGGAACUGGAGAAGGCUGCUGAGGCUGUGAAGGACAUCUUACCAGAAGGAGCAGAAGCUGCCACCUCUGGGAGGCCAGUGGUAGAGCUACAGACAGAGAUCUCUGAUGUGAUCCUACCUUCAGAGGCCCUGAAGGACACGGCACCUGUGCUAGAGGGCUUGAAGGAAGAGGAAAUAACCAAGGAGGAAAUUGAUAUCCUCAGUGAUGCCUGCUCCAAGCUAAAGGAACAGAAGAAGUCCCUGACCAAGGAGAAGGAGGAGCUGGAGUUGCUGAAGGAAGAUGUCCAGGACUACAGUGAGGACUUGCAGGAGAUCAAGAAGGAGCUUUCAAAGACAGGUGAUGAGAAAUAUGUGGAAGAAUCCAAAGCCAGCAAGAGGCUGACAAAGCGCGUUCAACAGAUGAUUGGGCAGAUUGAUGGCAUAAUUGCACAGCUGGAGACGGGUCAGCAGGAUGGCAAGUUGGGCCCAGCUGAGGGCUCACCCACAGGGGAGAACGUCGUCAGCAUCAGUGAGCUCAUCAACGCCAUGAAGCAAAUCAAGCACAUUCCGGAAAACAAACUAGUCAGCUUGGCAUCAGCCCUGGAUGAAAAUAAGGAUGGCAAGAUCAACAUCGAUGACCUUGUCAAGGUGAUCGACUUGGUGGACAAAGAAGACGUUCAAAUUUCCACCAGCCAGGUGGCUGAGAUUGUGGCAAUGCUGGAGAAGGAGGAAAAGGUUGGAGAAAAGGAGAAGGCCAAGGAGAAGGCCGAGAAGGAGGCUGCAGAGGUGAAGAAUUAGGGCUGCCUAGUUCUUAGUCCCAUGGGGCCCCUCGUGCAUUUGCCUUCAUCCUGCCGCAACAGCUACAGUGGGAAUGACGUGAGAGUGAUUGCUUUGAGGUGAUUCUUAGUGGCCAAUCUAAUAUUUUAUCAGAAAUAAAUCAGAACCUUCCAUAAUCAAGUAAUUUUUAAUAUUUAUCAUUCCAUGAAGAUUCAAUAAAGCUGGAGCCCUGGAGCCCUCAAUAAUUCCAUCUGGACUCACGCCAUGGUUUGGUGCAGAGUGGCCCCAGCCACAUGGGCCAAGGGUGCAGUCUCCAGUAGAAUCACACUGGCCCUCUAGUUCCAGAGGUGACUCUGGCCAAUAUGAGCAGGAAGUCACCUCCCUGCACAUGUCCUCACCGUCUCAGGGUCUGACCAAGCCUCUGUCCCCCAAGAGGAGAGUGAGGACCAUGUGAACUACCAGUACUCACAAGGAACUGAGCAGCUGUAACUAUAUGUCCUUAGAAGCCUUGGGAUAGGAAUUAGAUAAGCACUAAAUUAGCCUUCCUUGGCUUUGAAGACAAUACUACAGUUAGUCUGAGGACUUGGAUCCCUGUAUCAGUGUGUAUAGAUUGGUCUGCUCACACAUUUUCAAAAGUUGUCUGUUGAGGCACACGUCCAUGGUCACUCUAAAAAUAGCAGCUCCCUGAUAACAGCAUCUAUGUCACAUGUGGAACCCAGUGUGUAUUGACCAGAGCUUUCUCAAUUUACCAUUGAACUCUACCUAAUUCUCUAACUGACCAGUACAAAAUUUUUGCACAUGACCAUCUGCCUAACUCAUGAGUAGUGCCUAUUGUAGUGGGCGAGGCACACUAAUUGAAGCUCUUAGAAAUAAAGCCUUUUGUAUUGGGCAGUUCACCAUGCUAUGCAGUACGGGACCUUCACUGGCCUGCAGCCUGAGCCACUGGCCUCUCAGUGGCUUUUCCUGUAAAAUUUAAAUCACACUGCAGACUGUUGCCAGGAUGAGGCUUUGUCCACAUCCUGAUCCAUAAUAAUAAGGCUUUACCUUAGCAUGUUGCAGGUUAAGUUCCCCAUCUCUUUGUUAUAACAAAUGCUAGUGGCCGUGUUUCUGGCCACUGAAAGUGGAGAAGUGUUGUCAUAAGGACAGUGACAUCCUCAGGGGCUUUUAGCAUGGUGAAACUCACAUGCUGAGGGCUUGCUAGCACCCCUCUGGGUGGAUCCUCCACUGGCUUUUGUCCAAAGCUCUUUAAUGAGUGGCCAGCAGCCUCUCUUACAUGGAGGGGACCACAUGGGGCAGGUGGGACUAGGAGUUCUGGGGCUUCACCACCUUCCCGCUCAGCUGUGGCCCACUCUUCCUAAGGCUGGUUACCACCUAUUAUCCUGUCCUUGUGAGGUGGAGUCAGGAAGAUCAAGGCCAGCCCAAACUAUGUAGCAAGAUCCCAUUUCAAAUGCCCUUUGGAAGACUCAAGACAUAGAAUUGGGAACUUAGAAACAGAGAAGCAGCUCUUGGAAAUGGCACCUUCUCAGUUACUUAAAAUUCUUUUCUUGGCCAUAAAGAAAAAGUGUAAUGAAGCAGGAAAAAGAUUAUUCAUCAUUAUGCUUCUGUUUGCAGCAUAGCAGUGUCUCAAAGGACACUUGUCCCUCUCACCUGGUGGGUACCUGGCAACAUCUAUUAGGCCUGGUAGCCUGAUGCCAGCUGUCAAAGUGAGAUUUUGUAAACAACCUUGUGGUUACCAAAUAUGUCCCUGCCAAGGAGCAGUAGCUGUUCUGUGAGCAGUCUGUUGUCCAGCAUUGUCCUCAGCCUUCUUAACUUUGCUGCUGCUAACCUCAGGAGCUCCCAUCUGUAUCCUCCACUGUCCUAGACUCUGCCCUCAUGGGUCACAGCAUCACUGUAGGAGGUAGGCUUAUCCUUCAGGUGUUGCAGGGUGGUUAGCACCCACAUGUGCUAGAGAGUCUGGGAUUUUGAGAACCUUUAGUUUUAGGAUCCUCUCUCGCUUCUGUUUGUUGUACUGCUUGAACCUUACUUAGUGUAGGCAGGUCUUAUGUCAGCUGCCCAUGUUUCACAGCUGCUGUGUUCCUGAGCACUCAGCUCUAGCAGGCAUUUGAGGGAGCUGGUGUGCCCACAUCUGUUAAAUGAAGCUAGUAUUUCCAAUGCAGGAGUCUCACAUUCCCUACUCUCCACCUCCACACUGCUUCUCACAUAGAGAUUCAGAAACUGGCAUGUAGAAUCCAUGGACUUUUUGUACUAUAUCAUAACCUAGACAUCUUAUGUGAAGGACACCAUAUGUUUCUGAACAGCAACUCUUCUGCAGCAUCCUCAUGACAUUGAACCCAGCAGGGUUGAGUGAACAAGUUCUGUAUCUUCUCCCAACCUUCAGAGGUCCAAAAGGCAUCCAGGCCGGGCCAUGUGUAAACAUCUUCUGUGGAGAUGGUUCUUUUGCUAAAACAUUAAGUUCCUGUAACAGCCCAAAGUAAUACUUCCAAGCCAUCUGAUGGCCAAAAAGUCAAAUGGAAACUCCUUAAGCACCUUAAGCUCUGGUUAUAGCACUGGGUAUCAGACAUACUGAUUUCAGAGGCACCUAAUGCCCUACCCCACCCCUAAGCCUUCUCAGUAAGUGUCAGCUCACCUUUGGAGGCCUGCCUCUAGGCCUCCUGUCUUGUGGGAGCUGUCUGAGAAGACCCAUGUCCCCUCGUCCUUUGAUACCAGCCCUGCUCUGUGGAGCUUGGGAGUCCCUCAUGUCAGACACUGUACUGUGCCAGGCUAACCCAGGGCCUUAUGACGAUAACACACUGUGUGGUGAUGUGUUUUUUAGGUAAUUUGAUGUAAGAUGAUUGAAUAAAGUGCCACUGAUGA